AUGGACUGGUCCCCCUUCCUCACCAACACCUGGGCCCGCAUCGCCCUAACAAUCCUCUCCUCCCUCCUCCUCCUAGUAUACUGGUACAUUCGAAUACCAAGCGACAUGCCAAAAAACAUCCCCAGCGUACCAAUCUACAUCUCAAUAAUGGGGCUCUGGAGCGACAUGGGCCAAACGGACAUCUACGACAAAUGGCUGCGGGAACCACUCGAAAAGCACGGCGCAGUAACCUACUGGGCCGCAGGACGCUGGAACGUCCUCGCCACACGACCACGGUAUCUUGUCGACAUGUUCCGGCAUGAAGACGUAUAUGCGAAAGCAGGCAGCCAGAAGAAGAUUCCUUGGAGCGUGAUUGCCAGUCUUGUGGGCGGGAACAUCAUCAAUUCGCACGGGGAGUUGUGGAAGCUUUUCACGUCGAUUAUGAAGCCCGGGCUACAGAGGAGGAUUACGGAUUCGAUGCCGUUGCUGUUGAAGUCACGGCUGUUUGUGGAUUGUAUCUUGGCAGAGCAGGGGAGGUUGGGGGAGAGCGGUGUUUUGGUGAAUCCGUUUAUUCAGCGGUGGGCGUUGAGUUGUAUGGGGUUGAAUUUUAUGAAUGUUGAUCUGGAGUCCCUCGAAAAACCAAACCAACGCCUCGAACAACUCCAAACCCUCAUCAAAAAAACCCUCUUCGAACCGCUCUUCUUCAACUUCCCCGAUCUAGACCGCUACCCCACGAUCUUCCGGCGGCGCAAAGUCGCCUUCUCAAUAAUGCAAGAAUUUGGAGAUCUACUAGUCGCCACGGUCCGCGCACGCCCGCGAAACGAAGACAAAGACGGAUCCCAAGUAGUGGACGCACUAGAUGCCGCACUCAACUCAGGCCUAAUAACCGAAGAGCAAUACCGAGCAAAUCUAAAAGUUACCUUCCUCACAGCGCACGAGAACGCCCAACAGCUCCUCAACUCCGCAUUCUGGGUGCUCGGAUCCAACACGUCAAUCCAGGAUAAGCUCCGGGCUGAGAUACUCGCUACGAAAACUACCAAUCCCACCUCGGACGAAGUCAAUGCCCUACCGUACUUGUAUGCCGUCAUCGUCGAGCUCCUCCGCCUCUACCCGCCCGUCUCGCAGCUAGUCAAUCGUGUAACGAUGUCCAAGACUGUGCUGGGCGGGGACAUUGUCAUUCCGAAUCAUACGUGGGUGGGAUGGAAUGCGUUCGGGAUCCGGCAAUCUGGGGCGCUGAUGCAAGGGAGUUUAGACCUGAGCGGUGGGGGGAGUGAUGUCAAAACGAUUCACGGUAGGGUGCGGAGUAAGACGGUGGCGUGCCAUUUUAUUGCGUUUAAUGCGCAUUCGAGGAAGUGUUUGGGGCAGGGAUUUGCGGUGUUGCAGAUGAAGAUUUUGCUGUUUGAGAUGGUGAGACGCGUGCAGUGGGUGAUUGAUCCGGAGUAUGAAUUGAAGUUGACGUCGGGGGGAAUUAUGGCGCCUUUGAACCUUCGGGCGAUUGUGACAGAGCGGGAGGCUGAGCCGAGAGCGACGACAGCAACGACUCCAGUUACGGUUAUGGAAACGGCGGCAAUUACAGGUACAGCUGGCGAUAGUGAGAAGGUUUUUCCGUUGGUCGUUGUCAACUAA